GCGCCGUCGUCAGCACCCAGGCUCGCUAUAUAUGCGCUUUCCGCCCCUCAGCUGUCCGGAGAAUCGUCUCCACCAAGCCAUCGGAGCAUCCAGUGCAUCCAGUGCAUCAUGUCGCUCCAGCGAAACGCCAGGCGCUGCGACUCCAAGCUCUCGCUCUCGGAAUCAAUUCUCGCUCCUCACGGCUAUGCCUGUUUCAGCGACUCUGUAGAUCGGGAGACACACCCGCUUUCCUCCCUCGGCACGCCAGUCUUUGUCCGGCAGUCUCAUCUCCAGGAGCUAUACUACUCGUACACCCUCGCCCAGCAUACGGCCAAGGGCCCCACGAGGCUGGAGAUCUUUCUGACGGCCUACCAAAGUGAGGUCAAUCGCAUCGCCCGAUGCAUGCUGUCACAGCACGAGUUCAUCGCCGAGCACAUCAGCUCUAUUGUGAAAUCCAUUCCGGAGAUGGUCCAGCUUCCACGAACCUCCAACGUGCUCGCUCGUGGCCAGGUCUAUCGGAUGAGAGCCUUCUUGAGCGAGUAUAGGAGCCAACGGGCAAUGUCUGCAAUCUCUCGUCGGCCGCCUUCCGAAGAUGUCUUUGUCGUCUACCUCCAGUCGCUGGACGCCGUGCUGAAGCCGCUGAGCCGAUUCCCGCGGCUGGUCACGGCAGGAACCGAGAUUAUGGCGCUCGAUGCCCAGAUAUUCUACUUUCGUCGCAAUUUCGAGGCUGCGCUUACCGAGCUCGGAUCAAUCCACGCAGGCAAUAUGGUGCAUGAACUACAGCCGAUACUCCACGCCAUCGAGGCCGAGCAGGCUCAGCUGCAGACGUAUCACAAAUCAUUGGCAGAGGCAUUUGAAAGCAUCUUCACCGCCAACAUGGAAGCGGAGAACUACUCGUGCCCGAUCUGCCUGAGCAUUCUGUACCGGCCCACAGAGACACCGUGCGGGCACCACUUUUGCGAGGCGUGUCUCUCCAAGCACCAGCUCGCCGCCAUCGCCGUGGCAUGGGAAUACGACCAUCAGUAUCUCGAUCCGGGCUACCCCUGCCCUGUGUGUCGCUCCAAGUUCGACGACUGCUCCAGGGUGGACCCUGACUUUGACGCCUUUGUCCGAGCCAACUUCCCGUCCGAAUACCGGGAGAAGAAAUGGGAGACCUGGCGGAGCGAGCAAACCCUUCGAAUCCGCGAGACCUUCGGGGUGUAUCGGCGCAAGCUCGUCUGGCGCUACAUGUUGUGGCGAAACAAGCGGCUGUAGAUAGAGGAUUCAUAAAUGGACCGGAGAAACCUCCUGGGUCUGAGUCCGCCGCUGGAUGUUAUAGAAUAUACUAAACGG